AUGGAGGCCGACUCGGGCCCAGUCCCCGGGCAUGGAAAACAAGCGGCCUGUCUAAGUUGUCGCCGGAGUAAAAUUCGCUGCAAUCGUCUCGCGGGUGAAUCCCAAUGUGAGAAAUGUAAGCAAUCCAACACGGAGUGCAUAGUACCUAGCCACCACCUGGGCAGACAGAAGGGCGUCAAAAACAAGAGGAAGGGCCUGGAGAAGGCUAUUCAUCAGAUUGAACAGGCGAUCAAACGACCCAAAGUCGACACGUCCCAAAAUGAGGAUGCCCAAAAGGCCAUCUCUGGCCUGCAAGAGCUGCUAAGUCAGGUGCAAGGGCAGUUGAUGCAGGAGGGGUUUCCUGAGGCCGAGCAACCACGCAAUUCGCCGUCGCCUCGUGCGGUUCACGACGAGAGCUUGACUUUGGAUGAUGCAGAGAAUCCCCUGCAGCUGCUGGCGAGAGCGUCGGAUCUCCAGCUUUCUCCAACCGGAGUGCGGCAUGUGCCAAAAUCCCCACCACCGGCGCUUCCCCAGACAUUAUUCCAAAGGGAUGCGCCUCCAGAGCCGAGUGCCAAGUCGUUCUUUGUCCCCGCACGGGCGAACUUGGAUGUCGGUCCUGAGGUGGACCCCGUGGAUCUGGGGUUGGUCACCUUUGACGAGUCAGAAUCAUUGUUUUCAUAUUUCUAUCAAAACCUGGCCCAUACUCGAUGGGGCCUGGAUCCUUUGGUCCACGUUCCAUCUUUUGUGCGCGCCCAAUCAGCGUUUCUAUUUACAUCUGUCAUGGCAAGUGCUGCUCUGUUUCUUCCUUCGGCUGCCGCCUUGUCAAAGAGGCUAUCGAGGCAUUGCAAGUGGCUUGCAAAGAGAAUCAUUACCAACCGUCACAAGUCCGUUGAGAUUGUUUUAGCCUUCAUGGUGAACGUACCCUGGAUGUCUCCCGGUGAGAGUCUGGGAGAUGAUGAUACAUGUGCAUACAUUGCGAUGGCUCUGACGGUUGCUCUGGAUCUAUCUCUGAACAAGAUUGUCUCUCCGUCUUCGAGCUUUGAUCAAGGGCUCCUGAAUCGCCUGGCUCGAGCAGACUGCAUAGACGCCAAGAGAGCUUUGCAUAUGGAUGGAUUUGAUGACGUUGACCCGUCGUCGGAGUGGGGUGUCCGCUUGUUGCGCAGACGCGAAAGAGCAUGGAUUGCUCUAUAUGUGGUUGAGAGGGGCGUAUGUCUUGCGCGAGGCAGAAGCUAUACCGUCCCACCUACGAUGCUUAUCGAAAACUGUGAUAGUUGGCAUUUGUCAAACGCUGCAGAUUUGCGCGAUGGGCCUAUGAAUUCAAUGGCAAUUCUUCGAAGAGACCUGCAAUUGAUUGAAACCUUUUACGAAGGAUGGUAUGCCUCAUGGGCUCCAGCAAUUGGGGAAAGAGGAUCUCGUUCCUUGCCACCCUACGUCGAAAUUUUGGUCACGCACACCCAACUCUCUACCUAUGGCGGCGUGAUCAAUCAUCCAACAGCCCCAGUGGAAGUGAAACGGUUUUUCCGGGCAGCCGGGUUAUCCUCCGCCUUGAACGUCCUUCGAGCAGCCACCCAGGGCGAAUCCCGACUGAAAUCAAUGCCCAACAACACUGUCAUCAUGAUAUCUUUUGCCGCCUGCUCUGCUCUAAGCCUCAGCAUCACACCAGGCGAUAGUAGAUCUAGCCUGGCACCCAGUGUCCGCAAUCUGAUUGAAGAAACAGCCGGCGUUCUUGAAAGAAUCGGGUCAACACCGAGCCACCGAAGUGGUGCUUCGGUGCUUUACGGACGAUUUCUUCGUGAGCUAAUUCGCCGGGCACCAGCCUUACCAUCUCAAUCCCGAGCUCACCCCAGCGUUGAUCUGCCCGACCUGGUGCCACCGAUAGAUCAUACUCCGCGGCUACCCGAGGACAUUUGGUCUGAGCCAAUGCACUUCUCUGCCAUGUCGGACAAUCAGAUUGUUGAUGCGGUGAAUCGUGCCGGUACAGCAUUUGGUGCUUCGAUACCAGAUGUUCCAUUGGAUGAUAUGCUUGAUUGGGAUUGGCUUGAUUUUGCCAAUCCGGAUUUCACUUUUUGA